AUGGCCUUUUCUUUUCUGAGACUGUCGUUGGCCGUGCUGGCUCUGUCCUGGUCUGCACAAGCAUCUCCGGUCCACCAGGUCGACCAGGUCGAGAAUAAGUCUUCCGGAUAUCAAAACGCUGUCUACUUCACCAACUGGGGCAUCUACGGGCGGGAUUACCAGCCGUCACAGCUUCCCGCCUCUCGGAUAAGCUUCGUCCUCUAUGCAUUUGCCAACCUGCGUUCCACCGGGGAGGUGUACUCCUCGGACACAUACAGCGACCUCGAGAAGCACUACCCCAAUGACUCCUGGAACGACAUCGGCAACAACGCCUACGGCUGCGUCAAGCAGCUGUACCUGCUGAAGAAGGCCAACAGGCACCUCAAGGUCCUCCUCAGCAUCGGCGGCUGGACCUACUCGACCAACUUCGCCGCGGCGGCGAGCACGCCCGCCAGCCGGGCUCUCUUCGCCCAGAGCGCCGUGGCCCUGAUGGGCGACUGGGGGUUCGACGGCAUCGACGUCGACUGGGAGUACCCGGCGGACGCCGUGCAGGCGCAGAACCUCGUCGACCUCCUGAAGGCCGUGCGGGCCGAGCUCGACUCGUACGCGGCCGCGCACGCCCGGGGCUACCACUUCCUCCUGACGAUCGCGUCGCCGGCGGGGCCGGACAACUACGGCAAGAUGCAGCUGGCGGCCAUGUCCAAGGUGCUCGACUUCUUCAACCUGAUGGCCUACGACUACGCCGGCUCGUGGGACUCGACUUCGGGCCACCAGGCGAACCUGUACCGCGACCCGGGCAACCCGGCGUCGACGCCCUUCUCCACCGACGCCGCCAUCGACGCCUACCUGGCCGCGGGCGUACCGGCGGCCAAGAUCGUGCUCGGCAUGCCCAUCUACGGGCGGUCGUUCGAGCAGACGGCCGGGCCGGGCAAGCCGUACACGGGCGGCGUCGGCAGCGGGUCGUGGGAGAACGGGGUGUGGGAUUACAAGGCGCUGCCGCGGGCCGGGGCCAAGGAGGUGUACGACGGCGCGGCGGGCGCGACGUACAGCUACGACGGCGCGACGAGGGAGAUGAUCUCGUACGACACGGCCGACAUGGUCCAGCGCAAGGUGGCGUACCUCCGCGGCAGAGGCCUCGCGGGAAGCAUGUUCUGGGAGGCCUCGGCCGACCGCACCGACGACGCCAGCCUCAUCCUCACCAGCUACAAGGCCCUCGGUGGCUCGCUGGCCGCGUCGGAAAACCUGCUCAGCUACCCGAAUAGCGCGUAUGCUAACAUCGCUGCUGGGAUGGUGUAGAUGUCGUUCCGAGUCGAGUUGGGAGGGAAAAUGUCCCACGGUAUCCAGUCGUUACUGUUUUUCUAAACCUGCUUCUUCCUUCUCCCACCUUCGCUCAGCUUUGGGAUGGAAGAACGCAUGCGCUGGUUGCUUUGGAUUCGAAUCAAGCUGGGUCCAGGUCUUUCUUUGUCAUUACCCCUGACCCAUGUGAUGUCUCUCUUUUAUCAUGCAUAUAUUCUUUUUGCCUUGCACUGUACAUAUUUUCGGUGGCCUUGAUACUACUGCUUACGACUUGACGCUCUCUAUUCGUUGUCCCUCACUCAGAGGACGAUCUUAUUCGACAUGUAAAUAAAUUCAGCACCUCUUCUUCCGUUCUUUUUAAUGAGACUGAUCUUUUA